CAGUUACAUUCAUACCAUACUACCGUUAUCUUAAUCUAACGAUUUAGCAUUUACCAUGAAUUUUAUGACCACAAUGAAAUUAGAAAAUUUACAAAGAAAUUAGAAAAUACUGCUAACAAGUAAUGAAUAAUAUGUGAAAAAUGCAGUUUUCAUGUUUAUUAUAGUAUUAUAAAUACAAUUUUGCUUAUUACAUAUUACAAUUCUGUACAGUUAAGAUGAUAUUCAAUGGAAUCCAAGUGACAAAAAGAACGAAAAUCAGAUUGAAAUUAAUAUUUUGAAGAUUAAUUAUCAGUGGAAAAAUAAAUUAAUGAGACGGUAUUAAUUGAGGUUCAAUGCCACUCGGCAGUAAACCUGAAUGUGUCAAGUGUGGGACUCGAGAAACCCCGCUUUGGCACUCAACCGAAGCUGGUAACCUUUGUAACACCUGUCUUGAAGAGGAAAGAAAUUCUGGAGCAAGUUCAAACGCAAAAACUGAAGAAGAGGAUAAAGCAGGGUCAUUAAAGCCUACUAGAAGAAGUACAAGAAUUACAAGAUACUGUAAUUCUAAGUCUGUACCACAUAAGAUUAUACCUAAAGGAAAAGGAAGAAGAAAUUUAUUUAAGAAAACUCCAGUUAAAGCACCAACUGCUACAGCAACCCCAAUUACAAGUAAUUAUGUAUUUUAUAAAGGAACGUAUUUUCAAGUAGGCGAUAUAGUUUCUAUGCAGGAUGUCAAUGGUGGAAUUUAUUAUGCACAAAUUCGUGGUUUACUCACUGAUCAAUACUGUGAAAAAAGCGCUGCUGUUACCUGGCUUUUGCCUACAACAGCAAGUCCACCACCUGACGAAGGAUUCAGUCCUCAGACGUACAUUAUAGGACCAGAAGAGGAUCUCCCACGUAAAUUGGAUUGCAUGGAAUUCAUAAUGCAUGCUCCAUCAGAUUACUAUAAACUGAAGAAUACAGCAUAUCCGCCGCCACUUACGGAGAGAGGUAAUGGAUAUAUAUGGACUACAUUUAGGAAUGAAAUUGCUAUGUCGAAAAGGUGAAUUUUAUCUGAGAAUAUUUGUUGUCUUACAGUAAUUCGUAUUAAAAAUUGUGUGUUCGAUUUCUUGUAUUAGAUAAAUAG